UGCCCAUCAGAAUGAUGGCAGAAGACUGGGAGUCAUGGUUUUAGAGGGGAAUGAGGAUUUCUUGUCUGCUGGUGGAGCUUGAAGAAGGUUUUAGACAUCUUGCCCAUCUUCUUGCCCUGACAUGCCUUGCAUGAAGGGACCAAGGUGCCACCAAGCCCUGCCGUUGUCACCAUGAGGGCCGUGCUCUGGGACCUGCUGCUGCUCUGCCUCUUUGCCCGGGCACGGGGCGACUGCCGGGGGGACUGCCUGCACUGCGACCGCCACUUCUACCGGGACGGCUUCGACCUCCUCGUCUGCAUCCUGGAAUGCGAAGGCGAAGCCGUGCCGCGGGCCACCUGGGAGAUGUGUGCCACCAGCAUCCGAUCCGCACCGCGUCCAGGUGCCACCGGCAUCCUCGGUGCCAUGGAGCCGGCCGAGGCGGUGGCGAGCCCGCUGCAGGUAAGCGAGCUGCUGCGGCGCCGGGAUGCCGAAGACGGAGGCGCGGGGAUGGCGCCGGGCGCUUUCCCAUCGCAGGACGAGGACAUUUCCCGGCGGCUCGGCGGUGGCUUCCCACGGGGGACACGCGGCUCGUGGCCGGCGGCCCGUGGGGUGCAGAAGCGAUACGGGGGCUUCAUCGGGGUGCGCAAGUCGGCGCGGAAGUGGAACAACCAGAAGAGGUUUAGCGAGUUCCUGAAGCAGUACCUGGGCAUGUCGCCCCGCUCCAGUGAGUACGACAUGGCCGGCGACCUCAGCGAGCACAACGAGAUCUAGCCGGCCCCGCGGCACCGCGCCACGGACACGCGCGCCAUGACCAAAAAAGUCAAUCCAUUGCCCGCCCCAACCCCAAAACCUCCGUUAGGAAGGGUUUCUCCAGGAAGCGAUGGCUGCUUGUUUGGUUUUUCUUCUUUUUUUCCACUGUACCCUCAAAAUACCACAAUUUUACCCCCUCGGCCCCCACCCAUCCUUUGCCCCGUUUGCUUUUCCAGUUGGCGCAUUUUGCCCAAAUGAUGCCGAUUUUGCCCUGCUGAAUGGUGAUGCUGGAUCUUGGGAUGCUCCAGCGCUACGUUCCCCAUUCCCAAUGGGUACGCAUUAAAAAUGGAGGGGAAAAAAAAUAUUAAAAAUGGCUUGGAAACACCAAGCCCCAAGGCUGGGCAGUGAGUCCCUAUCUCAGUGACACCCCAGAAAAGUCCCUUUGCCAUAGGUCACCUUGGGAUGUUAGGCAAAAGGGUUUUGUCCCCAACACCGUAAAGGUGUGCAGAAUGUUUCAGCCCCCUCCCCCUCAAAAAAACAGGAAAAACCCUCAAAUAAAACCAAACCUGUUGCGUCUAUAAAUGAGAUGACUCUUCCCCAAAGCAUUGUGUUGGCCAAACCCAGCGGUGAGCAGGGAGCAUCCUCCUGGCCCCAGGAAGUGGUGCUGGAAUGCUCCAAGCCCCCACUUCGCCUACCCCACACCCACCCAC